UAAAGAUGACUUUGUGCCAAAGCGACAUGUCUUUAAUAUAUGUAUGUACAUAUACAGAAUCCUUUUGCCUCCCACAUUACUACUCUUGAAAAGCUAAACCAGUUGCUGCAUGCAAAGCAUAUGCCACCUUUGCUUGUCCCCACCUCCUCUGUUCACCAGCUACAAAUGAAGAAUUCCCUUCCAGGUUUCUGACUUCAAUAAGCAGCCUAUGUAUCUAUUCUCCUUUGAAGAAUCUGGGAAUAGAACCAAUCAGUGACUGCAGAAUCAGAAAUAUGGAGAGUUUGAUUAAGCAAAAGAGAGUGAGUUUUUCGGGUUCAGGCCAACAUAGCAAGGAAGCAUCACACAGCAUUAGAGAAAGACCAAGAGGAGAUAAGGUGCAGAACUGGUUCUGGAGGCAGUUUUCUCCUCAAAUGAGUAAGGAUUAUGACUCCGACGAUGAAGAGUUUGCAACUGCAGUUGCUGCUGCUGCAUUUGCCAUCUACACCCUGGAAGAACCUAACUUGCAAUAUCAGAAAAGAACAAGGGAUGGCCUUGAAACCUCUAUGUCGAGGCUCAAAAGCAGAAAAGAAGACACCACUGGAUUCUUUGGCAAGGAAACACAAACCCCAGGUGAAGCAUCCAUCAGAAGACAAAUGACAAACAAUGGGAAUUCAAUGGAGAACGCUUUUCCAUCUAGCAGACCAAGUAAGGCAUCUCCGGUAAGAUCUGUAUCUGCUGCACCCAGAGACCAAAGGCAACAGGGGUAUUCAACAAGCAACAGGAGUGUAGAAACCAAAGCAGAUGCUUGGGAGAAAGCCCAGAUAACAAAGAUUAAAAAGCGAAAUGAUAAUAUAAGUUCAAGGAUUCUUGCUUGGGAGAAUGAGAAGAAAAUGAGAGCCAAACUUAUCAUGGAAAGGAAAAAGAGUGAGCUGGAGCAGAGAAAAGCUCUGAAUCUUCAACAUUACCAAAUCAAGAUAGAGAGGAUUGAUCAAAUUGCUGGAGGAGCAAGGGCACAGCUACAGGAGAAGAGAAGAAAUGAGGAGUCUGAGGUGAAACACAAGGCAGAGAUGAUCAGAAAGACAGGGAAGGUUCCUGUUAGGUGUUUCUGCUUCUGAGUGUCACUAACAAUAAAGCUCACUAGAACUUGUAAAUGAACAAUGCUAUUGCCCUCCUUUCUGCAACCAAAACCAUUAUCAUAACAAGGAAAAACUGUAUUACAUUCUACAUUUCCAGGAAACUAACACAUCUAUGUAUCUGUCCCUUUCAUUCAAA